AAAAUGCCAAAAUUAAUGGUUUCGCCCUCUUUAUGUUCCUCUACCUCUUCUUCAACUCGCCGGCGGCGGUCAAAUUCAUUUAUCACAAUAUUUCAAAUGCUCACUAAAUUUUUAAAUCAAAGAAAAUAUGCAGCUAAGCCUGUAUUGACUAUUUAUGUGGUUGGUUUUGCUUAA